CAAGAAGAAGUGUUCAACUGUCUUGGUUCUGGUGUACUGGAAAAUGCAUUUUCGGGAUAUAAUGCAUGUAUUUUUGCUUACGGACAAACUGGCUCUGGCAAGUCCUACUCCAUGAUGGGGACAGCUGAACAACCGGGGAUUAUUCCUAGACUAUGUAAUGAGGUGUUUCGAAGGAUACAUGAGACUACCUGCGAAACGCUGCAAUACAAAGUUGAAGUUUCAUAUAUGGAAAUUUAUAAUGAACGAGUUCGAGACCUUCUGGAUCCAAAGAAAUCCAACAAACAUCAUCUCAAAGUUCGUGAGCACAAAAUCUUGGGACCCCUUGUCGAUGGCCUAUCCAUUCUUGCAGUUGACUCAUAUCAGCAAAUCGCGUCGUUAAUCGAAGAGGGGAACAAGUCAAGAACAGUGGCAGCGACGAAUAUGAAUGCUGAAAGUUCACGAUCUCACGCUGUAUUUAACAUAACACUCACGCAGAUCCUAAAAGACGUAGAGAAAGACAAAACAUGCCCGCGAUUUCAGUUUACUGGAGAGAAAGUAGCCAAGAUUUCUCUUGUCGAUUUGGCUGGCAGUGAACGAGCCGGAAAAACAGGGGCUAUGGGUAAACGACUUGAAGAAGGUGGAAAUAUCAAUAAAUCCCUCACCACUCUGGGCAUGGUCAUUUCCGCAUUAGCUGAGCGGUCUAAUGGCAAAAAAGAGAAGUUCAUACCUUAUCGCGAUUCGGUGCUUACUUGGUGAGU